UUUUCGGCCAUCGCGCGUCAUCUGGCAACACCGGCCGGUCAGCUGUCAUAACAUCUAUAUCGAAAAAAAUUUCAUACUCCUCAAAAAGGUGUUUAUUUUGCUCCAUCACAGCGCUUUUCCCAUUCAUUUGGAAGCUGAGAAGAUGUUUUCUCUACACCGCGUCAGCAAUCGAUUGUACCCGAGUUGCGUGAGAGUGGCGAAGAUGAGCCAACUUGGGGACUUGGGCAGUGGCGCUGGAAAGGGCGGUGGCGGCGGUGGAUCGAUUCGUGAGGCUGGAGGCUCCUUCGGUAAGAUGGAAGCCGCCCGUGAGGAAGAGUAUUUCUACAAGAAACAACAAGCGCAAUUGCACAAACUGAAGGAGGAUCAAAUUGACCAGAAGAAAUUUCAUGAGGAGCAGAUCAAAGAGCACGAGGCGGCUCUGCAGCGUCACAAGGAGUUCCUGAAGAACCUCAAGCCAUAGAGAAAAGCUGUAGCUUUAGAAUUGUGCUUUUGCUUUCAGAAGAAAAUAAAAAAAAAAUAUUUUGAUGAUG